AUGGCAGUCACCAUCGACAGUCAACAGUCAAAUCCGGAAGUCUACCUCUACGGUCAGUUCUGGAUGACGGUCAACAGUCUUGCAAUUAUUGGUCUUGAAGGUGAUUUUCUACGGCGUGUCGGCCUUGGCUACUUUGCGUUUGGUGUUUGCAUCAAUAUAGGUGUUGGUUCUUUGCAUACAAGAGUUGCAGCUACGUGCAAGCCAAAUCUCAGUUAUUCCAAAACCAUGGAUCUGUCCUCCCUCUCAAUCUUAUCACCGAUUCUAUUACUCUUACCUCUGUUUAAUCACAUAUCCUAUUGCCAACAGCCAUAUAUUGACAACAAGCUGCUCGACUGCACAUACACGGAAUCUAAUGCGAAAGGUUACCUCUGCAAUGGCCCUCAAACUCAAUGCCAGUCCUUCAUGACCUUCCGAUCUACCUCCCUAUACAACUCACCGCUCGCCAUCACUUUGCUGCUCAGCUCUGAUGCAUUGGACAUAGCCACCAUCAACAAUAUCAAAUCCAUUGCCGAAGAGAUACCUUAUGGUAACUUGGUCAUAGUUCCAAUUCCUUGCUAUUGCAGUGGAAGCAUGUACUGGCACCAGGCCACCUACACUCUGGCCGAGGGAGAAACCUAUUUCUCCGUAGCCAAUGAUACAUUCCAGGGCCUGACCUCUUGCCAGGCUCUAUCUGGUCAGAACUACAGUGAAGGUGUGAAUCUUGUUGGAGGUGUACGGCUGCUGGUUCCACUAAGAUGCGCAUGCCCAAGUACCAGUGAGACAGCUAAUGGGGUUAAAUCCAUGCUUACACAUGCGGUGACAUGGGGCGAUGCUUUGUCAUCAAUUGCGGAAAGCUUUGAUGUCACUGUGCGAAGCGUUGUGGAGGCAAAUAUGAUGAUGAAUACCUCUAUACUAUACCCAUUUACUCCCAUCCUCGUUCCCCUUUGUGCAAAAAGUUCCAAGAGUUCCUUCUGCUAUUGUCCCGAUGGAUAUGCCGAAAGUGUGCUACGAGAUGGCCUCAAUUGCAUGCCUGACCGGAAGAAGUUUCCUUUCAAGCUGGUUCUCGUGAUAGGUAGCCAUCAAUCUCUCUGCUAA